AAUGGCUUUUUUUCUCAACGAAAAAAAUAUUUAUUUUCUGUUCGUUAAAAUCUACGAAAAAAUAAAAUUCAUCUUUUUUUCAAACGAAAAAAUAGUGACAAUGAAUGAUUACGAUUAUGAUAAUGAUAACCAUGGUUAUGGUGAUUCAGAUGAAGAUACUGAAGAUGCUAGCGAAACAGAAUCGAUGAAAUAUCAUAAUGAUGAUGGUUAUGUUGGUGCUUAUGAUGGCAUGGAUGAAUUUGAUUCUACAUAUGAAAUCAAAGAACAAAUUUAUCGAGAUAAAUUAGCUCAUCUCAAAGAACAACUCAUACAUCUGGAAAAUGGUACCCAUCCUGAUUAUUUACGUCAAUUGAACAAUAUUGAUUUUGAAUAUCAAGAACGUUUAUUUUUUAUUGAAUGUAAUUUCAAAUUAGAACAGAAAUUGAUUGAAAAUGAAUAUAAAGUCGAAGAAAGUGCUGCUAUUAAAGAGUUCAGAGAUCGUAAAGAAGAAUUGAUAGAAAGUUUGAUUUCUGAUCUUGAAGAAAAGAAAAAAAUUAUGGAAACAGAUAGCAGCCUUGAGCUAGUAAACGAUACUUCAGAGCCAAAGACCUUAACUACACGAAAAUUGCGACGUCGUCCCAAUGAUCCAACUCCAUUGCCCGAUCGACGUCGUCGAACAUCACCAACACAAAUCAAUUAUCUUCUUGAAGAUUCUGAAAUCAAUGAAGAUUUGAAAUUCAUCAAUAAAGUCCUAUUUUCCAAAUCGUCCAGUAAUCAUCGAAAUAAUUCAUCACAUAACCAAAAACAUGCUGAAUCGGAUAACUCAGGUGUCGAUGCAAGAAUUGAUUAUGGUAAAUUAUUUUUCGAUAAAAAAUGGUUUCAUCGCGGACAAAACAUUUUACUUGAAUCUCUUGACGGUUCAGUUACUCCUUCAAUUAUUGUACAAAUUGGUAGUAACGAAAUUCUUGUGAAAAAAUCAAAUGAUUCUGGCAAUUCAGGCAAAAUCAAAGUUACAUUGAAUGAUUUACACAGUAAAAAAUAUUCGAUUCAAAGAAGAACAUAAAAUGAUUAAUUA